AUGAAUGGCCACGCUUCUAUCCCCUCGAGGCUCUACAAGGCCGAGUCACUUCAAUUCGAUGACUUCAAGCAAAUUUGCUCGCGUACCAUUGAUACAUCCACCUACCCACUGGCCUGUGCCACUGAACGCAAUGUCCCAAUUUAUGACCUUUCCGCACUCGAGGCACAAACAGUAACAGCCGAUACUCUCUCUCGCCUUCAGGAUGAGUGGCAUCACAUUCUGCACACCGGACCCGGCAUCUUCGUCCUUCGAAACAUGUAUGCACCCACCCGGUACGGCAGCAUCCUUUCCGCGACCAACGCAGCCUUUGACCAAAUUAUUACCAAAGAGCGCUCCUCCAACGUCUCUAAAGGCGACCACUUCGCCGCAGGCGGAACGAAUGACCGCAUCUGGAAUGCCUUCCAGAAGCAUGGCGAAGAAGACCCCGCCUCCUUCCUCGCAUAUUACUCCAACCCUUGGCUAGCCACCGUUUGCAAUGCCUGGCUCGGCCCAGGCUACCGCAUCACUGCACAAGUAAAUGCAGUUCAUCCAGGUGGCGCAGCCCAGAAGGCCCACCGCGAUUACCAUCUCGGGUUCAUCGAAGAGGAAGCCUGCAUGCGCUACCCGGCUGCGACGCAAUUGACCUCUCAGUUCCUGACGCUACAGGGGGCCGUCGCGCAUACUGACAUGCCGGUUGAUAGUGGUCCAACCCGCUUCUUGCCUUUCAGUCAAACAUAUGAGCCGGGAUAUCUCGCCUGGCGAAGACCUGAGUUCCGCGCUUUCUUCCAGGAGAACUAUGUUGCUCUUCCACUCAGUCUUGGCGAUGGUGUCUUCUUUAAUCCUGCCCUUUUCCACGCUGCGGGGGCAAAUACAAUGGACCCAUCAAACGGCUUCCGCCGCGUCGCAAACUUGCUUCAGAUAAGCAGCGCAUUCGGGAAGCCUAUGGAAGCAGUAGACUCCAUUCAGUUAGUAAACGUGACUUGGGAUGGAUUAAAAAAGCGCUACGCGAACGCGGGAACACUCGCAGACGGGGAAUUGGAUCCGGAUCGGCACUCACUUGCUCAGCGCGAGGUCAAGGCGUUUGUGCAGGCUGUUGCAGAGGGAUACCCUUUUUCCACCAAUCUGGAUCGAAGACCGCCUGCGCCGAAUGGCAUGGCGCCGGAGAGUGAGCAGGAUCUUCUGGUGCGAGGGCUGGAAGCGGGCUGGAGCCGUGCUCAGGUUGUUGCUGCUCUUGAGGAGAUGCGGAGGGAUGGACGGCCUUGA